AGGGAUGUAAGGAUCACAAGGUCGUCCACUUUGCUGAAGGUGGAUAGAGUGUUUGACUUUAUAUGUAUUUGGGUUUAGUAUAAUGGUUUGUCAUGCUAGUUUUACUUCGAACUUAACUGUGUUCGCGUAAACUAGAUAAUUUAUGACUAAGAAGCGUCUCUGUUUGCCCUAAAAUCCCAAGCUGCCAAUUCUGGGGAAAAUUCGGCUCAUUUUGGGGAAGCCGCUAUAGUAAAUUUUGGGGAAAUGAGACUCAAACCCCAAACUUUCCCUGAAAUUCCAUUCUAACCUUGAUCAUGGUCAAUUGAUUUUGGGGAUUUCCCCAAACGUCGGUGAAGGUCAUUUGACUUCGGGAGUUUCCCCAAAGUUCCCCAAAAUUGGAAACUCGGGAUUGGAACUAACUGUGGUGAUUAAUUCACGAAUCAACCAACAAAGGGGAAAUAAAGGCGAACAAAGGGGAAAAUGCGUUGAAAAAUACAGAGGAUAUAAGAGGGAAACGCGCUAAAAUGUCUGUUUUUCCCCUUGUCCGGGGGAAAUAAUGCGGAUUUUCCCCUUUUCGUUGCUCUGUCUCUCAAAUGUCGCUGGAUCGUCUACUUUUCGCUUAAAUAUAUGCUGAAUUGUCUAUUCGCCCAAAUAUACGCAGAAUUCUCUACUUUUGCUUCGACGUUUAAAACGCCCCAAAGGUUUCCUAUAUUCGCCUUUAUUCCCACAACACACCACACUGAAACUGCAACCCACGUGAAAAAUAGUAUAUGUUUAAAUAAGUUCAUUGAAAAGAAAAAGCGUAUUAUUAUAAUACAAUAUUAUGGCAGAAGCUUGAGCAUCAAUCGUUAUGCAUUUUAACUGUACUUGCCGAUUCAUUGUUAUUUGAAAAGAUCUACAAAAGAAGAAACAGGCGAUGUAUUAUUAAUAAGGUAUGUAUACUUAAUUGCAAGUCCACUAAAAAUCAAACAAACUUUCUAAACACUUGAAUAAAGUUUACCAUGAAAGUAAGAAAGUAAGCUCGUUUUCAAAAAAAAUGUUUUUUAAAAAAUAAGUUGAAUAUAAGAAAUAUUCCACGGAUUAUUUCUUCUAGCCACGCCUGUCCGGCUACUGAAAAUCAAAUUGAUCUUCUUGUGAAUUCUGGAGUAUAAAAAUUGAAGUUACGAUAUCUGAGUGACAUGCUUUGGCACAGCUAGCUACUUGAAGCUUCACUUAUGUUCGUUAACACUGUCGACUGUACCUACAGAGCAGUAGGGGAGUUAUCACUUUAAAUUAUUACAUGCCUGUCCUUGUUUCCUUCUAUUACGCUUUAUUAAUUUGUCUCUGACAACGUGAAAAUAACCUUGUGUCGCGAUAUCGUACAGUUCCGCAAGGUUUUUUUCGUUGACAGAUGAUGACAAAAAGCAAUUGGUUAAUGCACCUAAAGUUUAAAUAAUAGAUAUAGGUUACUUCGUAUGCUCGUUUUGACGAAGUGCCAGGUAGCGUGAAAUUACUGGCAACCUCAGGUGUCAUGAGGUACGACAAAACAUAUCGCAUUGAGGUUUUAGGAUCAUUAUCCAUUAACCUCGUUAACAUGGCCAUCUGUAAUAUGAACAAAUUAUAAAAUUAAUGUUUUUGACUUAUAAAUCUGUCCCUGGUUUCUUUCUGCUGCAAACCAGUGUCCAACAUCUGCAGUUCCUCUUCAGAUGACAAAGGGAACUGCUGACUUGAUAGUCCGCAAUCGAAUUGAUACGGAUGUUCGGUCACUGAACUUCGAUAGUAGCAGCUUCAUAUUUGCAUUUAAGUCAGUAAUAGCUGACGACAUCUUCUGCAGCACUGUAUGCAACCUAUCAAAUCUGAAAAGCUUCACUUGAUCGUACAGGUAACUUACUCGGCCGCUAAAGCACUGCCUACACGCUUAGAUUCUGAUGUUGACGGUGAUGUAUCUAACUGUGUCGAACUACUUAAUUAACAUCUAAAUAAUAAUGAAACGUACUUGGAAAUCGGCGAGGUGACGCUGUCAAACAACCGAAAUUUUGGAUAUUGUACGUGGCUAUUUCCAGCCUGCAUCUCGGCCACAUCCAUGUUUACUGAAUUGUAAGGAAACCCUUCUUUACGCUUCAGUUCACUUCUACGAAAUGUUGGCAAGUUAAUUGUACUGACCUCUUGGGCUUCUCAGUGUUCAUUGGCAAGGUUUUUUCUUCCAUUGAACUGAUUUUACGGUAAAGACCCAGUAUUUGGAAGGAAACUGACAUGUCCUUUGCAGAUCAUCUAUAGUAAAUUAUAGUUUCUAUAUUUGUUACUCACCGAAUUCGUGAAUGGCUUACAUUUCAGAACUGACCAAUUGUCAUCUGGUCGGCUGCAGAUUUGCAGCUGGAUGUCGACAAGCUCCGCUGGUUAAAGGCAAAGUUCUUUGCCAACAAUCCACUGCUAUCAUGAGUUGUUCCGUGCUAGGUACGUCGACAAUGACGUAUUUUUUGUUAGCGGGCUAAGCAUAACACAAGAGGUAAUGAAAUGGUUUAUUAUACAUUCACAUAAAAUUAUGGAACAAUAACUAAAUAAUGGAUACAAUUAAUGACUAUACAUUUGCAGUCAAUGUCCUUAACCGCUUCCCAUGUGUGUUCAUGGCUAACUACGACGCACAUAAAUAUUCCUAUAUUACUGGAUGGGAAAGGAUUUUCGAAGUAAUUGCGUGGGUUAGUGAAAGACCUAAAUUUUAGUAGUCCGUUCUCCCCUAUAUCAGUGACUAAACCAGGCUUUCCGUUUACUACUACAACAUUAUCAGGCUUAAAUGAAGUUAUUUUACUAUUCUUAAACAUGAUUACUUGUUUAUUUGAGUCCUCGUUAGCGGCUAUUGGGGUAGUAUUAGUUAAACUGCUAACUUGAAGCCUAUUGCAGAAGGACAUUUUCUCCGCAUAACACUGAGCUGCUUGCUUUGCAACAGCAUACCCGCUAUGCACAGAUUUUUUGUCUCAUAUAAGACUCGAAUAGAAAGGCUGAAAAACUAUCUAAAGGUCCAUAUGCAUGAACACCGUCAGGAAGUUGCUGUAACAAAUGAACAGACCCAUAACACCAUUCGUAUUCUUUAAGAAAGUUCCCUAAAUUCAUUCUGACGGAUUCUACAACGGUAUUAUGUAAUUUAGGAUGUGCAGGCAGAUAAACGGAUAACGCUAAACGCUUGAAAUUAAGAUACAUAGGUUGUGGCAGUGUUUUCUGCAGAAUAACUGGGCCUAAUUAUAGAAGGAACAACCUACGUUCCGAAGCUUUCCAUACCGAUACGACGUCUAGUAUACGGAAAGCCUGAUACUUUAGCGCGUUUUCCCUUUAUUUCUCUUGUAUUUUUCAAUGCAUUUUCCCUUUUGUUCGCCUUUAUUUCCCCUUUGAUGGUUGAUUGGGGAAUUUCUCUAGCACAAACGUUACCAGGUAUGGAUAAUUACCGUGGGUCUUUAUUGAUACGUUUUUAUAGACAUGUACAUGCAUCAUGCAGACAGCUAAAGUUUGCAACACAACAAAUGUUGUGUGAGGUAAAACUGUCAUUUUUGAUGUCUAUUUUGCUCUAAAGUCAGUACAAACAAACCACAGUGGGUUAUGAUCUUAAAAUCAUCGCUUGUUAUUGUUUAAAUCCCUGUGAAUAGGAAUAGGGGUCCGAAAUGUUCCGCCAUUAAUGUAAUUGUUGUCACUGCCUGUACGAUAUGUAUGAAGACAGAAUAAAUUAUGUAUUUGGUGGUUGUAUCUCAGAAAUGCCGAGUAAAGUGCUGAGAUCAACCAAAAAAUGGUUAAAUCAUUCUCCUUUGCUUUUCACCAUUAUAUCAUCCUCUCAAGGUAAAAUAAAAGACGUGAUACCAUGAAAGACUCAUUUGAAUGAAAUAAACAACACUGGAUGUGAUAUCGUGGUUUUUUUAUAUUUCACUGUGUACUGGUUUCUAGAAAAACCAAGUUCAAAUUUACUAUUGAUCAUUAAGGAACUCCUUCGUUCAAUUAGAUGGAUAGCUUAAACUUCAGUCGAAUAUUGGCUCUCUAGUGACAAUAGUUUUUUUAUUGUAAUAGUCUAACAUAACUGUUGCUUCACUAACUAAACCACAAUUGUUAGCAUUUCAUUGCUAACAUAUUUAAUACCAGGCAAACAAAAUUAUCACAAAUGCACACAAAAAAUUAACAUUAUGUUAAUCGUGUGCUAAAAAAGAAACCAAGAAACUAGUUUGGGUCAACAUAUUCAUCAGAGUAAACUUUUUGAAGUGUAAAUAUACUAAAAAGGCCCCCAAAUGCCCUGGUACGGCCGAGAGUGGGGAGAGUUCGCUCUCCUUCUCGAAAUGCUCUCACAUGGCCACGCGUAUAUAGCCUCUGCCAGGGAAGUCCUACUCAUUGCCUUCUCAUGGCGGGGGUGUUGUUUACGAAAUUGAAAGGACGAAAAGCGAAUGUCCGGCGUUUUAACCGGGUUGGUGGACAUGGAGAGUCCAUCUAGGGGGAGUUGGAAAACCCUGAUUCGAAAGCAAUGGUGCACAUGGGCUCCAGUAUCCUGAGGGAACGAAUGGAAUAUGAACCAAUCGUUGGUCACCGACUAUCAUGGGACUGCAUCUCCUGAUGUUGCUCCACUGCCUUGUGAAUCAGACCUUCAAGUCGAAAGCUCCGGGUGUGGCCCCUCAAGAAAACUAAACAGAAUUCUAUUGAAUCGAUUUAAAUAUUAAAGUACCAUUGGACUCAUUAGCUGAGUGGAUAACGCGAUGGCGUUUGAACCGAAUGGUACUAGGUUCGAGUCUCAGAGUGAACAUCAACUCUGAGGUGCAUGUACAUCCAGCUGACGAAUCCUAAAUAGGACGAAGCGCGCGUCCUGGAUUUCACUGCUAACCACUAUUCAUCUUUGCUUAUAGUACCAUUGUACGUUUAAAAAAGCAGACACGAACUUUUAAUUUAUGUAUAUACUAAGCACAAUCAAAUUUCUCUAUAACUAAAUUCAUUUUAGAGUUAUCUGUUUAUGGUUCAAAGUUUGUAUUUAUAAUACUCAAGAAGGUCUAUUUAAAACAAACGUAUUAUUUACCUUGGUAUCAUGACUAAUAAGGUAGGUUCUUGAUUAAUGUUAACUAGUUCAAUGAGCUAUUACCAUUCGAUUCUCGUCAAAUAAUAUGUAAUGAAGAGAGCAAAUUGUCCGGUUUAUCUGUAUGUUUGCCUUCACAAAUAUCAACAUUUGAUCAACAUAGUGCUACAAUCUAUUCAGUAACUGGUGCUUCACGAAAUCCAUUUAGUGAAUAUGAAGAAAAUUUAUCAUGUAAAAUAUCUAAACGUUUUCAUUGUCCUGUAUUUGUUAGUAUUAGUUUACCGCAUGAAUUUGCUCCUUUAUGGAAUCAUGUCAAUGUAAUCACACAAAGUACACUUGGUCAAAAAGCAGAACAUUGUAUAUUUGAAAAUCUUUCCACUAUUGUACUUUCAUGAUCACUUAUGUUCUUUGGCCAUGUAUAUCUAUGAUAAGUUAUAUUUUGGAAUUGAUGUAGCAAUUUCUAGAAAGUUGAAUAGUAGAUAUGAUCCAGAUGCAGAACGUCAAGUGAUGGGAUGGAUACAACAAUUAACUGGACAAAAUAUUCCUCUUGGACGUGAAAAUGUUCAAAGAACAUUAAAAAAUGGUCAAAUACUUGUUGAACUUAUCAAUGCUGUAUAUGAACGUACACCGAAUUUACCACCAAAAGCUCAAACAAUACGUAGACCGAUAAAUGCAAACACAGGAACUGCACCAUUUAAACAAAUGGAGAAUAUUCAACGAUUUCUUGAUUUAUCCGAAGCAUAUGGUGUACCACGUGAAUGUUUAUUUCAAACUGUUGAUUUAUUUGAAGCAAGAAACAUGGCACAAGUAUUAGCUACUCUAUUACAAUUAGGAACUGAAUGUCAACGUAAUGGAUUUCAAGGUCCUGUUUGUGGACCAAAACCUACUUAUUCACAACCACGUCAAUGGACAGAAGAGAAAUUACGUGCUGGUGAAGGGAUUAUUGGUUUACAAGCUGGAACAAAUAAAUUAGCAUCACAAAAAGGAAUGUCAUUUGGUGCUCAACGUCAUAUUGCUGAUAUACGAUGUGAUGAUAUGACACCAGAAGGUGCUGCUGUUUUAAGCUUACAAAUGGGUACAAAUAAAUUUGCAUCACAAAAAGGUAUGAGUUUCAGUAAUCAACGUCAUAUUGCCGAUAUAAAAUGUGAUGAUUUAUCACAAGAAGGUAAAUCUGUAAUAAAUUUACAAAUGGGCACAAAUCAAUUUGCUUCACAAAAGGGUAUGCGAAUUGGUAGUAGUCGUCAUAUUGCUGAUAUCCGUUGUGAUGAUAUAUCAAAAGAAGGUCAAAAUGUUAUCAGUUUACAAUAUGGUACUAAUAAAUUAGCUAGUCAAAAAGGUAUGCGUAUGGGUGGUCAACGUCAUAUUGCUGAUAUACGUUGUGAUAAUUUAUCUGCAGAUGGAGCAUCUGUUAUUGGUUUACAAAUGGGUUUACCACAAAAUCAAGUUGCAUCACAAGCUGGUAUGUCAUUCGGUGCUCAUCGACAUAUUAACGAUUCACAUUAAGAAAAAAAAAGAAGAAGAAAAAGAGAAUAAUGAGGAGUAUUCUCAUGAAUUACUUUUCUGGAACUUCAUCAACACAUACGCUCCCCCCCGUCGCCCUUUUCUCCUAUCACCAAAAUAAAAUUUUAAAAAAAACUGCACAUAAUUAUUUAUUUUUCAAAGUGAAUUAUUGACAAAAUUUCUUUAUUCUCUUUUUUCUCGUUUAAUUAUUCAAACAAUCACAAAUUUGCUCUCAUUUCGAUAGAAAGAAAGAAAAAAAAGAAAGAAAAUAAAAAAAAGAGAAAAACACCAAAUUGAUUUUUUCUUCAGUUGAAUUCUACACAUACGUUUAUUUGUUUGUUUAUUUACACUCUCUACUCAUAAAUAACCUUGGAUAAAUGACCUUCACGGGAAUACAUUCUCUAUUUAUCUAUUUAUUUAUUUAUUUAUUUAUUCAAAGAUUGUGUAUGUGUGUGUGUGUGUGUUUGUGUGCUCAACAUUGAAUUUAUUUAUCCGGGAAACAAAAUUUGAUUAUUAACAAGAUUAUUUUGCUUAGUUGCUUUAUUCAAUGAAUAUUAGUCAGAAUUGUGUUACUAAGCUUCAUUUAAUGAAUGAUUAUGUAAUAUAAUAGUUAUUAUUUCAAUAUGAAGUAAACAAUAAUGGAACAUAAUGGAAUCAUUGAAAGACCUUUGAAACACAAUGGUAUACAUACAUCUAUUACAUUGCAUACAUACAUAUUUCACAAAACUUUUGUUUACUGGGGAAAAUAAUAAUAAUGAUAAUACUAUUUAUUAUUUCUAUUUGUGAAGCAUGCAAUUGAAAUAAAUGCUUUUAAUGGUGUUCUGA